UCCGUCCUGUAUCCAUCGGGGGCGGGGCUUGUAGUGAGUCACAGGCCGGUGUGCGGUGGAGGUUGACGCGACGCUCUGCCUUCUCUCCGGACAUAGGACUGCCGGCUGCGCCCCCGGAGGAUGCGGCUGCUAUGGACUGGCCCCUGUGGACACCGCUCGGCAUGACAUGGACACAGCGCCCUCUGCUGAGCCGCUGAGCUGCUGCCGCUGUUCAUAGGAGUGAAGUGCGAGCUCUUGGGCCCAGAGGUCUCGCUCCUGUACGUCACCAUCGCCGCGGACAUGGAUGUGUGGUCCCGCAUCGUGGUGUGGAUCCUGUGCGCCUCCCUCCUCCAGCACGGGCAGGCGGAGAAACCCGCGGGGACCCCGGCGGAGGAGUCCCUGCAGGAAGUGUUCUGCCGGAUCGACGAGCUGCUGUGCCAGCGGGAGGACGAGCUCCUGAGCUUCGAGGCGGUGGUCAGCAUCCACAAGCAGAUGGACGAUGACGCCAAUGGGAACGUGGACGUGGAGGAGAGCGACGAGUUCAUAAGAGAAGAUCUGAAUUACCACGACCCGACGGUGAAGCACAGCACCUUCCAUGGAGAGGACAAGCUGAUCAGCGUGGAGGACCUGUGGAACACGUGGAAGGUGUCAGAAGUGUAUAACUGGACGGCGGACGAGGUGGUUCAGUGGCUCAUCGCCUACGUGGAGCUUCCACAGUACGAGGAGGUGUUCCGGAAGCUGCAGCUGAGCGGCAGGGAUAUGCCCAGGUUAGCGAUAACGAACGCCACCAUGACGGGAACGCUGCUGAAGAUGACGGACCGCAGCCACCGGCAGAAGCUGCAGCUGAAGGCGCUGGACACGGUGCUGUUCGGACCCCCUCUGUUGACCCGCCAUAACCACCUCAAGGACUUCAUGCUGGUGGUCUCCAUCGUCAUCGGGGUUGGGGGCUGCUGGUUCGCCUACAUACAAAACCGCUACUCGAAAGAGCACAUGAAGAAGAUGAUGAAGGACCUGGACGGACUGCACCGGGCCGAGCAGAGCCUGCACGAUCUGCAGGAGAGACUCCAGAAGGCCCAGGAGGAGCACCGCACGGUGGAGGUGGAGAAGGUCCAUCUGGAGAAGAAGCUGCAGAAUGAGAUCAGUUUGGCCAAACAGGAGGCGCAGAGGCUGCGGGAGCUGCGAGAGGGAACGGAGAACGAGCUGAGCCGGCAGAAGUACGCAGAGCAGGAGCUGGAGCAGGUGCGCAUGGCUCUGAGGAACGCGGAGAAGGAGCUGGAGUCGCACAGUAACUGGUCGGCCCCGGAGGCCCUCCAGAAGUGGCUGCAGCUGACCCACGAGGUGGAGGUCCAGUACUACAACAUCAAGAAGCAGAGCGCGGAGAAGCAGCUGACGCUGGCCAAGGAAGGGGUGCGGACCUCGGGGGCGUUCCCGGUGCUGCCGCCGCCGCCGCCCGCGCCGUCUCACUCACCACAUCGUGUGUUUUUGUUCCAGGCAGAGAAGAUUAAGAAGAAGAGGAACACGUUAUUCGGGACCUUCCACGUGGCGCACUCCUCCUCGCUGGAUGAUGUGGACCAUAAGAUCCUGUCUGCAAAGCAGGCCCUCAGUGAGGUGACCGCAGCGUUACGGGAGCGUCUGCACCGCUGGCACCAGAUUGAGAUGCUCUGCGGCUUCCAGAUUGUCAAUAACCCGGGUCUGCAUGCCCUGAUGGCGUUCCUGAACAUGGACCCGGUUCUGAUGGGCGGCGCCCGGCCGGCACCCACCCACUUUAUCAUGAGUGACGACCUGGACGACCUGGACGAGGAGAUCGUCUCUCCAAUCAGCAUGCAGUACGCCGCCUGGCUCAUGGGACGCCGGUCCAGCGAGCGCCCGUCCACCUGCUCCGAGGAGUCCGCCCUCUGGAAGUUCUCUGCGCCCUCGCUCCGCCACCGGCACACCGACUCGCCGCUCUCCACGCUGGGAUCGCAGAGGUUGGUAGAAGGUCACGCGGUCGGCCAGUCCGAGGCCGCCAGCCCCCCCGUCAUGUACCGGCCCAGCAAAGUGUCGCUCCACCGUAUGCGCAGCCUUUCUCACGGACAGUCCUUCAGCUCCGAGCAUCAUCCUCCCGGCACCACCGCCGCCACCGCGUGUCCCCCUCCCCCACCGCACGCCCUGCCGGUCUAUUACCACCAGUCCACCACCUACUACCUGCAGAUGGACUCUCUGCCCGACCUGCCCCCGCCAGACCUCACCUCCGGGACACCGGAGUUGAGUCGUUCGGAUUCAGAUUCUUCCAUCCCGUACAUGGGCGAUUCUCGUCUUGGGAAGAUCCCCAAAUCCUCGCUGUCUCACCGAACCCUGGAAGAGCUGCCGUCCAGUAGCCAAACCCCCAACGGUGGGAACCGCCAGCUGGAACAGUCCAGUUCGGCGGGGGCCCUCCAGAGACUUUCCGACAGCCCCCAGCUGGAGAAGCUCAGUGAGAAGUCCUUCACCCUCGGAGAGUUCAGCACGGGCGGGACGGGACCGCACUAUUCCGACUCUUCCCGAUCCCACAGCCCGAGCUCCACAGACGCCGACACCCCUUCCCCUGGCACCGAGGCCAAGCACAACCACUCCAAGAGCACGCGGAUCCCACAGCUGGCCGCCAAGAAGAACCCAGGAGACGAGGACAGCGGGUCUACGGGCGAGGACAACGACCCCACCUCCGGCAAGAAGAAGCUGACGCUCAGUCUCUUUAAGAAGCCAAAGAAAUAGAGACUCGGUGUGGUCUGCGAGAGCGACGGAAGAUGGUGGGUGCAGAGAGGAGCGCUGUCACCCCUCAUUACAUGCAGGACCGAGGAGGCUGCGAGGUGGGAGCCAGGACCGGGUGCUUCUCCCACUCCUCCCCGCAGUGGGGGGGGCCGGAGGGCACAGGCUGCUCAUCCUCCUGUAUUUCGGGGCUGAUCGCACUCGCCCCCGCUUGCCUCUCCCCGCUUUGCUAUGCAUGGCUUUCGGGAACCUUUCCUCCCUUUGCCACUGAAAAAAACUGAUAAACCCCUGAGGAGGGUGUAGGUAGGUUUUUACUUGGGUGUAGGUGGUGAGUUUUAUUUGGCGGGGGAUGUUUGUAUGACGUUUUCUUCUGUAUUCUUUGCUUCUGAU